UCAGACCUUUAGUGAACCACGUGAAAUAAUUCUUGUCGUUGAUAAUGGCGGGACAAUGUUCGAACACUGGCCAAUUGUUAUGUUUGUCGCAGAAACACUGGCGAAAAAUGCUGCAGGUUUAGAUAAGAAUGGUAUUUGUCAUGAUAUGGGGGUGAUGAUCUGUAUUCAUAGGUUCUGUCGAGCUAAACUAGCUGCUGGGUGAAUGAUAUACCCUAUCCCGGCACGGACCAUCCUUCCUUGGCGUUCACGUGACAGUAUUGACCUCAAGUUUACGGUUGACGGACACACCUACGACAAAGGAGACCUCAAAGGAGAUUUGGGGCGACGAUUACUUAAGAAUGCUUUGAACGCAGCGUGGCCGGAAAACACAAAGACUGACGACUCGCUAACCGAUAUGGGAAGAAUAUUUACAAACAUAUUCAAGGAGUGGAAGCGUAACAAAAAGCGUGCUACUACGCUACUUAUACUCACGGAUGGUGUUUGGACGAAAACUGAAGAGUUACGUCUCCACCUUACUAUCCUUGAUAUUGCCAGGCAAGAGCAAAUGCACGCAGGUAACCGCCAUUUCAGCAUCCAGUUCAUCCGCUUCGGAGACCGUGAGAAUGAGAAAGCGAAACUUCAAUGGCUGGAUGAUGAGCUCUGUACCCGGAGUAACCUGAGAGACAUCAUAGACCAUUGCUCGUGGCGCACGACUGUAGAUAAGAUGUUCAAGGGGAGUAUUGAAGGCUGGCACGACCAGAAAGAUCCAGAUGAGCUGGACAUUCCAUAUCACUACCCGGAUCUUGUCGCGCUAUUCAAGAGCUUUAAUGAAGGCUCCGACACACUCUCCCCCUCUACUCCGCACCGGACACCGUCAAGAUCUUCGAGUCGUAGCUCCAACUCAACAUCGCAGUGGAGAACCUCGAUGCCACCAGAGCGUACGGGAAGCUGGAAAUCGCAAUCUUGAGCGCCAUUCACUGCAUUAUUAUACUCUCUCUUCACGCUUCCUCUUGCACAUUCACACCAGUGAUCGCAUUUUAGCAAUCAUUGUGAUGCGGGUAACGUUUAUGCACUAGACGGCUUCGAUCAAGUUCUUGCUACACAUUUUAUCGCUUUUCGGACAUUUUAUUUCUUUUCUCUAGCUCGAGAUACCCAAGGAUCGGCAUUGUCAAUGGUUUCAUGCUUUGAGAAGGGAAAGAGCGCCGCUGCAUAUCGCACGUAGCGCUAAUAAAUAUACAAGGAGGCAUUCAUUCUAGCAUCGCAUAUAUUUGCAAUAUCAAAAACUCACGUCUUAACUCGA